GUUGAAUUAUGUACCUAAGGUACAUGACCUAGGUAGUGUCUGAUAGCGCGUCAACUCCUUCUAUAUCGUUGUCGCGUUCUCUUAUUAGUCGCUUCUGAGCGAACCUUCAACCAAAAAGGUUCCUUUAGCCAAACAUCAAUAAUGGCCCUUCCAUUACCUCCUGGCCUUGUGCCAACCGAAGUCGCUUUUCUCUGUGAGAUGGAAAUGGUUACAGUAGUUCCUCGUCAAAGAUUAGAGUCAAUUCCACUCCUCAGUGGUAAAACUCCAGCUCUACGCCCUCCGCACCGCGCCCAACUUCCCCUAUGGCUUGCGCUAUUACUCAAGAAACAGAGGCGUGCGAAUAUCGUUGCGCCGCCUUGGCUACACUCAGAUUCGCUAAAGGAUAUUAUUCAUUACGAAACCAAUGUCGACCCCGAAGCAUUCUCCCCGCCUCCACCACCCCCCAUGAAGUCCGACGGUAGGGGCGGCGCGAAGCCAUACGCCCAAUCUUCAUCUGAGAUAAAGCCGGGGGAUAUGGUCUUGUCGCCUCCCUUCCUCCCCUCGUGCACCCAGGACGCGCCUUCGGGCUUCCUACCUUACCACUGGCUCGAGCUUUCCGAAACUCUCCUCGCACACGCCGCCGACGAUAUACCGAAUGCCGCCGAGGUUCGAACGCUACUGCGGGAUCUUCAAGAAGUGCGGGCCGCAAAAAUGCGCGGCAGCACUAUCCAUCUAGAAGGCGGCGGCGGCUUGCUCCAACUGCGAGGUGUCGGAGCCAUGGAACUAGCUGAAAGCAGAGGGUUCGUGUUAGGUGUCAUCGAAGGCGUGAGGAAGUUAGGUGCGAGUGCCGAAGCGAGUAGGAGGGAAGAGGAGGAAGAAAGGGCUAAUGGCGGAGGAGACGAGGAUAGCGACGAGGAGAUGGGCUUCUAGAGACGAAAUAAAUGACGCAUAUGAGACAUGGUUACAGCAUU